UGAGGGGGCGGGGCCGGCGGCGGUGCAGAACGCUGCUGCUCAGUGCCUGCGAGCUCCCCACCCGGCGCGAGUCGUCUGUGCCCGCGGUGCGGUUCCCAGGCGCUAGCGCUCUAGCGUUCCCAGGACGCUCACCGAAGCUGCUGGGUCUCCAGAGGGGAGGAGCCGCUCAGAGACGAGGCUGUAGCAAUCUCACCGCCGGCGAAGGACCAUUUCUGCCACGGACCGGGGACAAGGAUAUGUUGGGCGGCAGCAGUGACGCGGGCCUGGCCACCGCCGCGGCGCGGGGGCAAGUGGAGACAGUGCGGCAGCUCCUGGAAGCCGGCGCAGAUCCCAACGCCGUCAACCGCUUCGGGAGGCGCCCAAUCCAGGUCAUGAUGAUGGGCAGCGCCCAGGUGGCAGAACUGCUGCUGCUCCACGGAGCAGAACCCAACUGCGCCGACCCUGCCACCCUUACCAGACCUGUGCACGACGCAGCGCGGGAAGGCUUCCUGGACACGCUUGUUGUGCUGCACCGGGCAGGGGCGCGGCUGGACGUGUGUGACGCCUGGGGCCGCCUGCCGGUAGACUUGGCUGAAGAGCAGGGCCACCGUGACAUUGCAAGGUAUCUGCACGCUGCCACUGGAGAUUGACUGCAGGUUCCCUCCGCCUUCUGCAAAGACUUCUUUCUCCCCAGCCCCACCUACGAAGACUGCAAGCAUGAAGAGGACCUCCAGCGCCCAGCCUGCAGGCCUUCCAAAACUUGAACCCUACCCACUAAGGCAAAGCCAAUCAGAAAUAACUUCCUAAGCAUUUUCUGCAGCUGGAUCUGGUCCUGGAGCCUCACCUUGAAGCCAUGGGGAUCACCAAGGAGAUUUAGUAUUGUAUGAAGUUCCCGGGCCCUCUACCUUUCAGGACGUGGUGUAAAAUAGCAAGGGAAAUUCUUGGAUCUCCACAAGCUGCUGCUGCAGGGGAACUGGAGGCAGCUUGACUUUUGUUUGACAUUUGGGUGGGCACAGUCAGUACCUUCCCCUGUGAACUGAAAAUGCAGAUGAUCCACAGGCUAGAGGGGAAACCUGGAGCGUAGAUGAAGUGGUUUUAUGUACUGUCAUGUGUGGGGAUUCACCUGCAAAAUGGCAUUUAUAGAAACUGAGAAGUCACCUCCAGCUCGACAAGGAAAUAGUGAAAUUGAAGACAAUAAAUCUCCACUAAACUGUGACCCACAAUUGCCUUGAUGGCUGGAUUCUGACAGACUCGACGUCCACAAAGCCCAAUGAUGAAUUGUAGUGGUAGCAGGUUACUCUAUGCAAAAUAGUUUAAUAACCCCUUUAGAAAUUUCCUACAUUUGAGUUGCUCUUUAGUAACAGUGUAUUUAAA